UCAGCUCUGUGAGCCCCGCUGCUCUUCUUGGCCAAGGUCCUGGCUCCGAAGCUGGGAGCUAGCGGUGGCGGAUGCGCCCGGGAGCUGCCGGACUGGUCGGAGUGGGCGGGCAGGACCUGGACGCUGCACUCUCUGGUUGCUCCCCGUCGCGCCCGCUCCCUCGCAGCCACGCAGGGCACGCACUCCUACUCCCUCCGCGCGCGGCUCCGGGGCGCAAUGGACGCAACGCUUCUCUACAGCCUGCUGGAGGCCAACUGCAGCCUGACGCUGGCCGAAGAGCUGCUCCUGGACGGCUGGGGAGCGCCCUCGGAUCCCGAGGGUCCCUACUCCUACUGCAACACGACCUUGGACCAGAUCGGAACCUGCUGGCCUCAGAGCGUGCCUGGAGCCCUAGUCGAGAGACCGUGCCCCGAGUACUUCAAUGGCAUCAAGUACAACACAACCCGCAAUGCCUACAGAGAAUGCCUGGAGAAUGGGACGUGGGCCUCAAGGAUCAACUACUCACACUGUGAACCCAUUUUGGAUAACAAGCAGAGGAAGUAUGACCUGCAUUACCGAGUCGCCCUCAUUGUCAACUACCUGGGCCACUGUGUUUCCGUGGUGGCCCUGGUGGCCGCUUUCCUGCUUUUCUUAGUCCUGCGGAGUAUCCGCUGCCUGAGGAACGUGAUCCACUGGAACCUCAUCACCACCUUCAUCCUGAGAAACGUCACAUGGUUCCUGCUGCAACUCAUCGACCACGAAGUGCACGAAGGAAAUGAGGUCUGGUGCCGCUGCGUCACCACCAUCUUCAACUACUUUGUGGUCACCAACUUCUUCUGGAUGUUUGUGGAGGGCUGCUACCUGCACACCGCCAUUGUCAUGACCUACUCCACGGAGCACCUGCGCAAGUGGCUCUUCCUCUUCAUUGGAUGGUGCAUUCCCUGCCCUAUCAUUGUCGCCUGGGCUAUUGGCAAACUCUACUAUGAGAAUGAACAGUGCUGGUUUGGCAAGGAGCCUGGUGACUUAGUGGACUACAUCUACCAGGGCCCCAUCAUUCUCGUGCUUUUGAUCAAUUUUGUAUUUCUGUUCAACAUCGUCAGGAUCCUGAUGACGAAAUUACGAGCAUCCACCACCUCCGAGACAAUCCAGUACAGGAAAGCAGUGAAGGCCACCCUGGUCCUCCUGCCCCUGCUAGGCAUCACCUACAUGCUCUUCUUUGUCAAUCCUGGAGAGGACGACCUGUCACAGAUUGUGUUCAUCUAUUUCAACUCUUUCCUGCAAUCCUUCCAGGGAUUCUUUGUGUCUGUUUUCUACUGCUUCUUCAAUGGAGAGGUCCGCUCAGCUCUGAGAAAGCGGUGGCACCGAUGGCAGGACCACCACUCCCUCCGAGUGCCCGUGGCCCGGGCCAUGUCCAUCCCCACAUCACCCACCAGGAUCAGCUUCCACAGCAUCAAGCAGACGGCUGCUGUGUGACCUUCUGUCAUCUGUCUGCCCACCGCUCCACAUCGAGGUGGCUUCCCCAUCCUCUACGGCUUUCCCCUGGGUCCUCCUUGCUACACUAACCCUUGGGGUGCAGGAGAAGGAGGGGGGAGAAAUCAACUCUCUGGCCUGGAAAGAAAGGAAAGCUAUGGAAGGGGGUGGGGCUCUGAAGGACC